UUUUUACAAAUGAAUUUUUUUGUAAUAAUUUUUUCAAUAAAAAAAAUUAUGAUACUAAGGAUCCAAUAUCACCAAGCCCCUGCUUGGACAUAAGCGACGACGAGCUAGUGACAAUAUCAGUCCGUGACUUGAACCGCCAACUGAAACUGCGUGGACUAUCCCGCGAUGAAAUCGUGCGAAUGAAACAACGCAGAAGAACAUUGAAGAACCGAGGAUACGCUGCCAGCUGCAGGACUAAAAGACUCGAGCAGAAAGACGAGCUGGAAACAGAAAAAACUCAGGAAAUUCGUGACAUGGAGUUGAUGCAAGAAAACAACGAAUUGAUGCGCAAGGAAAUUGAGACCUGGCACUCCAAGUACUUGGCAUUGAAGAGAUUCGUUGCUGAGAGAAAAAUUCCUAUUCCUCAUGAAUUAGAAAAUAUUUAA